AUGCGGCUGCCGCCGGCGCUGCGGGCGGGGCUGCGGGCCGGGGCGGGCGGGGCGGCGGGGCCCGGGCCCGGCUACCGGCAGGGGCAGCGCCCGGAGCCCCGCACCCGCGAGUACUUCUACUACAUCGACCACCAGGGGCAGCUUUUCCUGGACGACACCAAAGUCAAGAACUUCAUCACCUGCUUCAAAGACGUCGGGUUCCUCGCUUUCUUCUUCAAGCAGCUGGAACCGAACCGGAGCGGGCGUUACGAAGCCGAAUUCCCUUUCCUUUCGCCUUGCGGUCGGGAACGGAAUUUCCUCCGUUGCGACGAUCGGCCCAUCGUUUUCACCCAGCUCCUGCCGGGUUCCGGCGAAAACCACCGGCUCCUCUCCUACUGCGGCGGCGGCGAGCGCCUGGCCGUGCCCUUCCAGCCGGAGCUUUUGGUGGUUUUACCGGAAAACGGGCGGCUUUAUCACCCGGCGCCGGCGAAAGCGGGCGGCGUGGGGUUGGUACGUUCGGCUUUGGCGUUCGAGUGGAGCCCCUGUUUCGAGUACGGUCGGGGACCGGCGCAACCCCCGACACAUUUUAUCUGGGAAGGGCGGCGUUACCGGCUCACCGAGGAAUUAUUGCCGCUGCUUCGCGCCGGCGGAACGGGCUGCGUCGUCACGGCGUGACGGCGACGAGCCGGCGACACCCCGCCACCCCCGCGCAAUGGGGAAAACGGGUGGGGGAGCCCGAUGGCAGCUCACCACGGAGCGGCCGGGACCCCCUCGUUAGUCCACGGGAAAAAAAAAAAUGUAUUAAAAGAUCAUAAACGGC